CUACGACGCGCCCCGAGUUGAUCGUAUCGCUACAUACUCUUUGCUCCUGAUCCCGCCAGAGCAUCGCCGUGCAGUCCAGUCCCGCCCGCUUCGUGCCUGCCCCAUUUCCCGGAUCCGUCCUGCGCGCCCCGUUACAUGAGCUUCGGCCCUGACACUGUCACCCGUAUCCCUCAACGCUCAACCAGGUCCCCCACGACCGAACCCUCGGCGGUCUUUGCGUCAGCUCUCUAUAACGAUUCGCGCUGAUAAACGGCCACCAAACGAACCGGUUCGACCGGUUUCUGCCGCAGGGACCGUUGCGCCUUGCUCCUUGAACCACUUAUACGCCAGCAUUCGAUGUCGAUUGGAUGCACCCUCUAAACCCUUUUCUGCGGGCCUUCUUUCGAAGCACUCUUCCGGCGCAGUGCUCCCCCGCGCAACACCACGUCCUACUUGUCCCCACGACAGACGUACUAUUAAACUCCAAAGACCGCGAGAGUAACGCCCCAUACACCGAUUUAUCUGGCUCCGAGGAGUUUCUAGCCAGCCAUGUCCUCCGCAUACCUGGCGGUAUUCCGCCCGGCGGUCAGGGCAAGGACGCAACAUUUAGGGACAGUAGGGGCAAGGCAAAACAGUACACCACGGCGAAUGGGCGUACGGUAAUAAUUAAAGACACGUUCGUUUACAGCAACAAAGGCUUCAAAUCGUUGAACCAGGCAUCCCUACUGAAUGACUUAAUCUACUACCCCGAUACUUUCGACGCGCAGCCAUGGCUCGUAUACUUUAUUUCACGACCUUUGAUUGGACAAUUCGAAGCGAUACCCAUCAUUCCCGCCCUCAUUGCCCCUCCCCCGAAGCCAGACCCUGCCAAAGAUGGGGAUGCCGGGACCUCUUCCAUGCCGCGCAAAAAAGAGGUCAAGAACUUUUCAGAGCUCUUAACACUAUUCCCAAUGAUUGCAAGACAAAUGCAGCCGGGCCUGGAGCGGUUGUUUAAAGAGUUUGGGAAGGAGUUUGAGAAGCCGCUGCCUGCGCCUCCGUCGAAGCCGGCUAGUGUGUCUAGUCGGCGCAGUUCCAUAUCAUCUGGCGUGAGCAUGCCGGUUUCGUUGCACAGCAGCAUCUCGGGAUUAUCCAACGGUAGUACCAAAAUACCGUCGACGCUGGAAAUUUACGACGAGGAGGACAUGAUGAGGCGGUCCUUGGAGACUGCCGUAACAGCGGCUAUCGACCUUUUUCAAAUGGUGGACAAGCAACAACUCUCGCAUCUUGGCGCAACAACUGAUCUGACGGGUCCCAUUGUUGAGCGUAUGAUCGAGCGGUAUAUCUGCGAACAGCUGCAUGAGUCGGUCCUGUUGCUAAGGAUUCUCGCUGUCAGACGUCUCGAUGAUCUAGAACUAGAGGCGCGCAUCCGGCAAAUGUUGGAUAUAGACAUUUCUCAGGUCGGCAUACCCAUUGAAAAUGGCCAAGAUGGCAAACGGGAGCUCGCGGCCCGCCUGUCACGAGGCGUGGAUGUAUUCAAGAAGAUGAGCGGCGCCGGAAGUCCACAGGAAAUGCUGGACAUUUUGCUCUCCACACACAAAGUCAUUACGAUGCCCGAGUCUGCAGCCAGCCCUGAGCAGGAGGGCUCGCUUGAAGACUCGGAGAAGCAUGUGGCAAUGUUGACGAUCAACGCCGAUACCCUUGUCUCGCUUCUGCUUAUUGUUGUAAUUCGCUCCAACGUCCGUCACCUGCAGUCUCGGCUUUCGUACAUGCGGCAUUUCAUCUUCAUAGAUGACGUGGAAAGCGGGGAGAUGGGGUACGCAUUGAGUACCUUGGAGGCUGUUUUGACGUAUCUGGUCAGAGACUCUGGAUGUCUGCGGAAAGCAAGCAAAAAGAACAAGCAACUAUGGCAAGCUACAAGGAAUGGCGAUCUUAUUGGAAUGCGGAAAAUCCUCCAGCCUGGUCGGAAGUUCUCAGUUGAUGCCUCUGCCAUUACCGACGAGCCAGAGCCGACCUCUACCGGACCACACAUCAGUUGGGCUGAGCUGCAUAGAAAGUCGGUUGAUGGAAACAUUGACGACUGGGUUGGGCGAGGGCGCGGAGCUGUUGGAGAUGCGGAUGCCUCCCCUGAACCAGAACCAGGUCCCCUGGCACAUGUUUUCCCAUUCCAGCGAGCAAAGACCCCGCCCCCGCAACGUCCUAAGAUCAAAAAGCGUGUUUCCAUGCAAUCCCGGAGCAACUCUAGUUCGUCGCAACUAUCCUUCAGGUCACACGCAGAAACGAUCGAGUCACAUGUUAGUGGCUUCGAAGGAGAUACCUCCAUCGAGAGACUCAUUCGGACACAGGAUCCGGCUGGCCAGUCAAUACUCAUGAUGGCCGUUGAAAGCAGGCAGGACAAGGCCCUGAGGUACAUGCUCAGCUUACAAGACUUCUUCCCUCUGGAAACUGUGCUCGAUGACUGUACCUAUGACGGGACGACGCUGCUCAGCGCCGCGAUACAACAGGCCCAUACGGGCGUGAUACAUACGCUCCUGGACUUCGUCGCGGAACGAGCUUCAAAUAAUCAAGUCAUAGCUGGAUACUUGGCACGACAAGAUUCGCAGGGAAGAAGUGCAGCACAUUACCUUUUCGAUCAACCUCUGCUUAUACCCAGGCUUGGGCAUCUGGUGGAUUGGAAACUAAAAGACAAGAACGGCCAAACACCACUUUUUGCACUCUGCAGGUCCUACGACCACCAGGAAUAUCGUUCGAUGGUAGAAGCUGCGAUAUCCGCUGCUGCCAGAGCACAGGGUGAUGACCAACCACUGCAUUUGGAUGAUCACAUCGACGGCAAGGGAAACAGCCUGCUGCACAUAGUCAAUGAUCCGCAGCUGGCGCUGAAGUUGCUCUACCAGUGCGAUGCUGAUGUCAACGUUGUGAAUGACAAACAGUUCACACCCUUGAUGGUAGCAAGUAAAUAUGGCAGGACUGAUCUUGUAAGGGUUCUCUUCGGCGACCCGAGAGUUGACAUCUACCUGAAAGACACACGUGGCCUGACGGCAGUGGAGCUGGCCAAGGACGACGAAGUGCGCAAUCGAAUUGACGAUCUAGUACUCUUGUCGAACCCUCCUGGGCCUGACGGGCGUACUACCACCGUGGUGCGGUCGUAUUUUGUCGAAGACGGAACCAUCAGGGUGGUUCUUAAAUCAGGAGCCCCCAAUGGCAAUGCGGCAAUAACCGUGACGACAUGCCGUCGGUCUCUGGCUGAUUUCGAAAACCUCGCCAGGUGGCUGGCCAUGGAGAACCCCGCGUCCUGGAUCCCGUCGGUCUCGGGCUUCCCUUCGCCUUUCCUCAUACCGUCCAAGCCUUCCCGGGCCAUACUGCGCGACAUUCAGCUCAAGCUGGAUAGUUUCCUUAAGACUCUACUCAACCAUCCGACGUUUUCCACGCACGAAAUGGUCUGGGAGUUCUUCCUUGUACCCGAAAUCGACACCAACAUGCUUGCCGAACGCAGCAAACGGAAAGCAGAAACGCGUGUUGACCGAGUCAACGAAGACUACACGCCAAUCCUCGAAGUCCGCGAAGUCGAGCUCUUCGUCCAACAUGCGCGCGAUUCUGUCCGCAGCAUGCAUCAUUCCACCAAGUCGGUCCUCAGGCGCGCCAACAAACUUCGUACUGCGCAGUCUGACCUCGUCGAUGCCGGAUUCAUGGCUUCUGCGUCGAUCCAGAUGCUCGGGUUCCUCCCGGACUCCCACAAGUCUGCCUUUGAUCGCUACACGCAGACGCAGACACAGAUGGAGUCUUCGCCGUUGGCAGGCUUCUACUACAGCACGCACGCCAUCCACACGACUAUUGCCGCGAUACUGCAAUCGCUCACGAGACCCGGCGCGCUCAUCGGUAGCAUGUCGCAGACGCAGAAAGUCAUCGACCGUCACAAGUUGUCUGUCCGGCGCAGUGACCGUUGGCCGCUGGGUUUGCUCGACGAGACAAGGAAGAGCAUGCAACGCGAUGCGGCAAGUAAGGUGGAGAAAAGUCAAGGCGAGCUGGAGAACUUGGGGCGUGAGCUGCGGUACACGCAGCAAACGGUUGCGGCCGAGCUGGCGGCGUGGCAGGAUAGCAGGGUGAAACAGGGGCGGAAGACGUGCCGCGAGCUGGCGAGGAGGAUGGUGGUGGUGGAGAAGGCGAGGCUGGAAAACAUGAAGCGCGCGAUCAGGGCAAUACAUCACGACGAGAGGGGGCAGCCGAGAGAUGACGGGAUUAAAAAGGGAGGGGCCGGUUAGUCUAGAAUGGGCGGAUUGCGGGUAGUGUUAGAGAUAGAUACCACUGCGAGCACGACUUCACUUCUCCACUGGCAUAAAGAUCCAUAGUUAAGUUUGGGGUUCCGG